AUAUAUAUAUAUAUAUGUUUGAUUUCAAUAAUUGCAUUCAUUAUUCAUAAAUUAAAAAACACUCCUAAAAUUUGAAUCCACUUUUAAUACUUUCUGGUUACAUUUUAAAAAUUAUAUAUUGAUGUGAUAAAAUGAAGAAUACAGCUAGACCAUAACUUAAAGUUCUGCUUAACUGACAAUAAAUAAAAACAUGUAUAUAAACAUUUGGCCAUGCUGAUUAUUAUACAAGUUAUUACUAAUGCGGUUUGCGUGUAACGUGCCAUCACAGCCCAUUUUCAUACCAAGUUGUUGAACUGAACCCAGCUGAAAGGGGAUUAAGGCUGAGCAUUAAAACUCACAUUGAGCCUCAUGUGCUUUUCUGUCAUCCGUCCUGCAACAUUCCUCUCGGAGCGAGUCGCACUGGGAUACGUGGACGGUAAACAUGAGCGCCUUGGGGAUCCACCAUGGGAUGCUCAGGCUGUAUGGUGGAUUUAUUUUCAAGCAGUGGAGGAAGAGGUUUCUGCUCCUCACAGCCGAGGGCAGUCUCCUCGUCUGCCAUGACGCGUCAUCGCCCCCGGUGCAGAUGGUGUCGAUGCAGAGCGGUUGUGAGGCAAUAGUGGAGGGCAAGGAGAUCCUGGACCUGCCCAGGUUGCCCUCCGGUGGGUGCAGGGACUGCUGCUUCGCUCUCAUCCUCUCCCAGAAUAAAUAUCUGCUGUUGAUGGCUGAGACCCCUGCAGACUGCAGCCAGUGGCUCGCUGUGCUGAGGAAAGUCAAACAGGCGAAUCUCCCGCAGCAGAGCUACUCUCUGCCUGUGAGUUCCUGCAAGCGGCACCAGGUGCCACCCUGCAUCACUCUGCACGACCUGGUGCCAGAGCAAAUCCUGGACAAAGACCCGCCGACUCCGCCCGUCAGCAGCACAGAGGCGUCGUCACCACCUGUAACCUGUGCUUCCCCCAGAACAAAAGGCAGGAGUUCUCCCAGCACAAAAUAUUACAAAGGCGGCACUCAUUCGGUAUCCUGCCUGCGUCACGGCACCAUCAGCGAUGCCCAAGCAGUGCGGGCCGUGUAUCUGCUGAUGGGAGGGGCGGCCGCUUCAUCCGCCAUGGGCUACCUCGGCGCAUGCUCGCCCUCUAAUCUGGAGGCCAAAGCCCCCGACCUGCCAAUCAACGCAGAUUUCUCCGGCAUGAGCCAGGCUGGAGGCUACCAAGUCAGCAGCCCUGCCCUCGACUCGCCCCACUUCAACAGCUUUGACUUUGAAAUGGCAGACUCUGAUUUUGAUGCUUUUGAUUGUGGCGGGUUUACGUUCUAACGCCGCGCGCUUUACUUUGAUGUCCGUUCUUUUCUUAGUGUAGGUUCUAACUAAGUAAUCUAUUAUCAUAUAUGAGACAUAAUGAGCCUAAAUGAGACAGCAGUAAUUAUGUAAUAGUCACGGGAUCGGCAUUGACUGAUUUUAUUAUAUCAGUUUUAUUUAGUAACGUUUUCAGUGAUUGACUUUAAGUUUUUUCACAAAAUAAUUUUACACAAGGAUCUUUCAGUUUCAAGUUGUGACCAUGUAAUUCUAAAUCAUUUAAUAUGAACUGUAACGUCUUUGUUGUGAUGUUGAUACUGUGAUAAAUGCAUUUGGUGUCUUGUCUUGUUUGUCUAUUGUUUAAACCAUUUUUCAUGGUUGUCAAUGUGCAUGAAUCUGUUUGGAUUCAUGAUUCAUGGUUUCAUUUCUGUAUUUCUGUAUGUGGUUUCUGUCACCUUUUGUCCCUUCAUUAAUAAAUGUAGAUGGUAUUGUCUCCACAUUAAAUGUUGAUCUAUACUCACUUUAUCUAAAUUUACCUUUGACUGUUUGUGAUGUGUUUUUUUAAGUAAAUAGCCAACAUUUCAGUGGCUGAGAUAAUUAAAUUUGACUAAAUGGAAACACAAUAAGUCUAAUGGUAAUAAAACAAAAACACUAAUGACUUAGUGGUAAUCUUUCAUUAAUUAAUGUAGUAAUUCAUUUGAUUGCUAUAUUAAUAAAUCUGCAUAUCUUGUGAU